AUGACGUCGUCAAUGGGAGAAGCAUUUCGUUGGUGGAACGGCGUCGUAAGCACUCUUCCCCCACAAAACAGACCACCUAAAUGUACUGUUCCACAGGCCACAACCUGUGUUUUUACAAAAAUCUUACCGAUUUUAGCAAAAAAUGUUAUUCCAAAAAAUUCUGAUCAGGAAUACUGGAAUUCACUUCGAGUAUUUGUUGCAACAUUCCUUUGCACAGAUAAUGUCCCAGAUCCGCUUACUGAAUUUUCUGAUUUUCUUGCUUUUCUUUACGAUCACAGAAAAAUUCUUCGACCGGAAAGUAGUUCUGAUUGCCUUCAAUUCUUUACUCACAUGACUCUUAUGUUUAGCCCUCAUUCUUUAGUUUACGACGCUCCUUAUUUAUGUGGUGAUCCAAACAUUUAUUUGCAAUCAAUAUUAUAUCUUAAAGAUACAUCUCAUCCAUUUUGGACGCAGAUAUUAACAGGAACGUACGAAAUUGACACUUUAUUUAAUAUGUAUCAGUCAUUUCAUGUUCCUUCAGGCAAUACAAGCGGAAAAGGAUCAUGGGAGUUCAGACUAAAAGUCGCCGAGAUAGUUUACGAGCUUACUCUAGCAAGUUUAUGCGGAAAUCCAAAUGCCGAAGAAUAUCUUCAAACUUUCAACACAAAUACUAUAGCAAUCAUCAAAGAAGCUCCACAGGAUGUUGCUUUGUGCAUGUCUAGAUUGUAUAUUGGCAUGAUGAAACGACUCAUGUUUACGGUUCAAGAAACAGAGCUAGAAGAGUUCGCUUUCCAGCUUCUCAAUGCAGUUGUCAAGAAAGAAAUCACAUACAACUACGUCAUUAGGUUUUUCUUGACAAUUCGACCGAAGAUUUUGCGAGGAUUCAAAAUGAUCAAAGUUGUUUCAAUGGUUGGUGUUAAUUCCACCCACGAUAUCGAGAACUUAUGUGAUUUAGCCACCGUGGCCGGUCCUGCUCCCGUAAUUGUCUGUCUUGGCUGGAAUAUGUUCCAAUCAAAAGUUUGGCAUCGCUCCUGCUUCUCAGCCAUACUUCAACUGGCCAACCAAUACGACUCCGACACAGAUCUCCGCGAAUGGCUGAUCCAUUUCAUCAAACUGCUCUUCAUGUUCGUUUCUUUGACAGUUUUGAGAGGAAAAUACGAGCAAAGAGCUGUUUUGAUCUGCGAAAGCCUUGCGAGACUAAUGCACGGAGGAUUGCCGUGGGUCAGAAGAACUGUGAUGGUUUCUGCUGCUUCUGCUUGGGCUUCUGGAAGUACUCCGCCUUAUUUCGAACAAUUUUUUACAAUUGUGAGAGAAACUGACCCAAAAUACGCUGAAGAGUACAAUAUGCUGCUAAUGAUGGAUAUAGAUAUGAAGUUCUUCCCAUUCGAUGGUAACACUUUGAAGUUGGUAAAUAUUUUACCUCAAAAACAAAAAGUGACAAAACUUGUAAAAAUUCCAAAAACAUCCACUCGCGCAAAGACACUGAAGGGAGGGACGAAGGCAAAGAAAGGAAAGAAGAAAGGUGGUACAAAGAGUGGAAAGACACUUACAAAUGGUGUUGCUGCUCCAAAGAAAUUUAGCGGUCCAAAAACUAUUGCGUAA